AUGAAUCAGACAUUUGUCACUAUUUGUGAUGUUAUUAGAGUGUAUUAGAUCAAUUGGAUGGAAGUGUAAUAUAACGCGGUUAAUUACGAGGUUGAAAGAAGUAAUACGAAUGGCCGCAGGCAAAGUACCUGUAAAAGCGGUAUUAAUAGAUUUAAGUGGGACCUUGCACGUUGAAGAUACUGCUAUACCAGGAGCUGUAGACGCUUUAAAGAGGUUGCGACAUUCAAAUAUUCCCAUUAAGUUCGUGACAAACACAACAAAAGAAUCCAGACGAUGCUUGUAUGAAAGAUUGAUAGGCCUGGGGUUUGAACUAAAAGAAGGUGAAAUAUGGAGCUCACUGUGGGCAGCACAGGAUCUGUUGCGGUCUCGUAAUUUGCAACCGAUGCUGAUGGUGGAUGAUGCAGCAUUAGAAGAUUUUUCUGGUCUUACUGACUUCAAGGAAGAAGAGCAAAAUGCUGUCGUGAUAGGCCUCGCUCCAAAUAUGUUCAACUAUAGCCAGCUCAAUAAAGCUUUCAGGUUACUGUUGAAUGGGGCUCCUUUGAUAGCAAUUCAUUAUGGGCGCUAUUACAAACGCUCUGAUGGGCUUGCUCUAGGACCAGGCCCAUUUGUGAGGGGUCUGGAGUAUGCUGCAGACUGUCGCAGUGAAGUAGUUGGCAAGCCAUCAUCAGCAUUCUUCCAGAGUGCUCUUGGAGAUACCGAUCCAGCUCAUGCAGUCAUGAUUGGUGAUGAUGUUCGAGAUGACAUUGGCGGUGCACAAGCAUUGGGAAUGCGUGGGUUUUUGGUGCAGACGGGAAAGUACCGACCUGGAGAUGAGAGCCGUAUCUCACCAAGCCCUGCUGUGGUGUGCUCUCAUUUUCCUGAAGCUGUUGAUAUUCUCCUGAAGGAAUGUGCCCAGUCAGGAGGGGACUUAUAACAUUACAGGAAUAAAAAUGGAUAAAGAGAAGACGGAAUUAACCUGAGGUUCGUGUAGAAGAAAUUAAUGCAAUAGGCCAGGAUAGUGUUGUGAAGCAGCCAUGAUGAAGCCUUCCUGGCAUGAUGGCAGUUUGAUAUUUGUACGUGCAGCAAACCAUUGUGAAGGGGUCAUAAGUAGUACACCUUUCGUGUGGUUGGUGAUGAACAGACACAAUUUCAUAGCGACAACUUCAUGAUUUUGAGGAACUGGUAAUAUAAUCAGAACUUCUGUUAAGUAUAUGCCAUCAAAAACAUUGUUGAAACUUCUAUUUAUCAUUUUCAUCAGCUGGAUUUGGAGGUAGCUCAAGGGACUGCUUGAAGUCCACUGAAUAAGACACUUCUAUUCAUGGCCAAAGUCAUAAUGAAAAAGCAAAGUGCAUAUUAUCUGUAUGGGCUUCUUUAAAGCUAUUUAUAUUUAUCUCUGCUAA